AUGGUUUGUUUAUUACCCAAGAAUUUUGCUGCAUUAUUUGUUCCUGAUGAACCUAUAAGAUUCCUACCACCUAUAGAGAAACAUUGGUUCCCAAAUUAUUCUGGAGUUUCAUCAUAUUUAACAAUGUUUGAUCAAUUAACACCAAAUAAUGAAAAAAAGACUGAAGACAUUGACUCAUUUGCACCAACUUGGACUAAAAGUGGAUUACGUGAGUUAAGAUUCCUUAAAACAAAAGAAGAAAAAGCACAAUCACUUCGUACUCAAAUUCAAACGUGUUUGUUUUUUGUUUUACUAAUUUAUUUUAUAAGGUUCAGAACAACAAUCGAUCUUCAUUCUAUGAAGUGA